AUGCGCCGAGUACUCACUCGGAGUGUCUCUGCAGCAGCAGCAGCAGCAGCAGCACGCGCUCAAGGUUCAAUCUCAGCUUUCAGAAUGGCACCCUCGGCAUCUCAAAGCCAGAAGAUCGCAGCUCGCCGACUCCACGCCACAGCACAACACCUCAAGCCCGUGGCCGCCUCGGCUUUCAGCGCAGACAACUACCCGACCACGCACGAGAAGAUCCAGGAUGUGCAGGACACACCCUACUUCAUUGACAACAAGUUCGUGAAGUCGGAAACUACGCAGUUCAUUGAGUUGCACGACCCCGCAACCAACAACUUAGUUACCAGGGUUCCACAAAGUACUGAUGCGGAGCUCAAGGCGGCGGUAAAGAGCGCGCAGAAGGCAUUCCCAGGAUGGAGGGCGACAAGCGUUAUGACAAGGCAGCAGAUAAUGUUCAAGUUCACUCAGUUGGUGAGGGAGAACUGGGAUCGGUUGGCUGCUAGCAUUACUUUGGAGCAGGGCAAGACUUUUGCUGAUGCUAAGGGAGAUGUCCUUCGUGGACUACAGGUUGCAGAGGGCGCAUGCAACAUUCCUCAGCAGAUGAUGGGGGAGGUAUUGGAGGUAGCCAAGGAUAUGGAGACAAGAAGCUACAGAGAACCGUUGGGGGUUGUAGCUGCAAUCUGCCCAUUUAACUUCCCUGCUAUGAUUCCUCUCUGGUCGAUCCCGAUCGCUACCGCCACCGGAAAUUGCCUCAUACUCAAGCCCUCAGAGCGUGACCCAGGAGCGGCUAUGAUCCUCGCCGAACUCGCCGAGAAGGCUGGCAUGCCACCCGGAGUCCUGAACAUUGUUCACGGUGCUGCCAAGACGGUUGAUUUCAUCAUCGACGAGCCAUCUAUCAAAGCCAUCAGUUUCGUCGGAAGCAACAGGGCUGGAGAAUACAUCUUCUCCCGUGGAUCUGCCAACGGAAAGCGUGUCCAAGCCAACUUGGGUGCCAAGAACCACGCUGCUGUCCUACCGGAUGCCAACAAGCAACAUGCUCUCAACUCGAUUGUUGGCGCUGCUUUCGGCGCCGCUGGUCAGCGCUGCAUGGCUCUCAGCACCCUUGUUAUGGUUGGCGAGACUAAGGAGUGGCUCCCCGAACUCGCAGAGGGCGCAAAGGCCUUGAAGAUCAAUGGUGGAUUCGAAGCUGGUGCCGACUUGGGACCAGUGAUCUCCCCUCAAAGCAAGGAAAGAAUUGAGCAUCUCAUCGCCAGUGCCGAGGAGGAGGGCGCGACUAUCUUGCUGGACGGCCGCGGAUUGAAACCCGAGAAGUACCCUAAUGGCAACUGGGUUGGGCCCACCAUCAUCACAAACGUCAAGCCACACAUGAAGUGCUACACAGAAGAGAUCUUCGGCCCAGUUUUGGUCUGUCUCAACGUUGAGUCACUAGAAGAGGCUGUUGACCUGAUAAACGCUAACGAGUACGGAAACGGCGUGGCAAUCUUCACCAAGUCCGGAGCUACGGCGACCGCGUUCCAGAAGAAUAUCGAGGCUGGCCAGGUUGGUAUCAACGUCCCGAUCCCAGUCCCGCUCCCCAUGUUCUCCUUCACUGGAAACAAGAAGAGUAUCGCGGGCGGUGGAGCGAGUUAUUUCUAUGGGAAGCCGGGAUUGCAGUUCUAUACGCAGUUGAAGACGGUGACGAGUUUGUGGAGGAGCGAGGAUGCUAUCUCCAAGGCGGCGGAUGUCGCAAUGCCUACGCACAGUUAG